CCCGCAGAGCAGCAGAAGCAGCAGCAGCGGCAACAACCCGGGCUCUGCCGGUGACAGUACCAAACACACUCACCCUGGACAGACAGCAGCGUCGGAUCAGCGUCGGAUCUACGGAGCUGCUGUGGACUGGACGGGUCUGUGUGAAAAGGAGCAGCAACUACAGAAACAACUACAGAUAAAGAAGAGUAGACCUUUCUCUGGCUGCUUGUUGUUUUCAGAAAAGUUGUGCCCGCUUUGGAAAGGCGACCGGAUACACGCACAUUUACUGCUGGAGGAAACACUGCUGCACGGGCUGCUGAAAGAACAUCUUGGUUAAGGUCAAGACAGGAGUGAGGUCCUGGGAUGAGAGCUCUCUGCAAGUUCCCUGUCUCCCCCAGACCUCCAGGCGGAGUACGCUGGGCGACACUCUGAGAGUGUGUGGUGUGUCUGACGCCGUCGGGGUGCCAUGGCUCUGGUUCAGGCACUACCUGUGACCGUGACUGACCACCCCAAUCCAGGUCUUGACGUCCAGCCGUGCAGGCCGCUGUCAUCCCACUCCCCCUCUGGCCCCUGCCCUGGCCCCUGUGGGCCCUGCAGCUCCGGGACAGCCAUGGGUUCAGUCAGCAGCCUCAUAUCAGGCCGGACGUAUCAGGAGAGACACUGCCGGGCCGCCAGCGAAUUCAACACCAAGUCACGUCGCUCCACGCCGGCUACCAGCUGCUUCCGGCUCCAAGAUAACACCCUCCGCAGCGGGAGCUCCCUGGAGCAGCUGCUGGUUAUCAGCAACCAAACACUUCCCCAGGCCCAGGUUCUGCCUCCACCGCUACCCACCAAGAGGCAGCCCCGGCCUGGGAACUCUGCUGGGGCAGGCGGUGGAACGGUUGCUGGAGCAGUAGGUGGUGGCACUAAUGGGAACUCUGGUUAUGUGAGUGAUGAGGUGGUGGUUGGAGACUGGAAUGACAAUGUGGUGGUGGCAGCUGCAAGCCCCUGCAGUGAUUCGGAGGACCAAAGGGACAACAGGACUCUGAACGGCAACAUUGGAGGGCCUCCUCCCAAACUCAUCCCAGUGUCCGGACAGUUAGAGAAGAACAUGGAGAAAGUGCUGAUCCGUCCAACAGCGUUCAAACCCGUCGUUCCCAAGAAUCGUCACUCGGUGCAGUACUUGUCACCACGGCCAGCGGGCAGCAGUCUGUCAGAGAGCCAGGCUAGCCUCAACCUCCUGUUGCCCCUCGGGGGACCCAGCAGCUCCAGCGGCACGACCGGCAUCGGAGGGAGCAGCAGUUCUAGCUCUGAUGGGAAGCGCAACUCCUAUAGCGGAGGUCGCAAUGCUCGGAGCAGCCAGUCCUGCUCCAUGUCAGAUUCAGGAAGGAACUCCCUCUCCAGCCUCCCUACUCACAGCAGCACAGGCUACAGUCUGGCCCCCAGUGAGGGCUCCAGCUCCGGGUCUGGCUCCGGGGGCCAACUGGAGCCCGUGCAAAGCCUGGGCCGAAACACUUCAGGUGGAACUGGGAGCCAUGGCCACACUAACUCAGACAGUGGACGUUCCUCAUCCAGCAAGAGCACAGGCUCUGGGUCGCUAAGUGGGCGCGGGCAGCCCCUGUCGGACAGCGGGUCCUGUGGCCACUCGCCGCCACCAGUGGAGGGCUAUGAGGCGGUUGUGAGGGAGCUUGAGGAGAAGCUGAGGGAACGAGACCUGGAGCUCCAGCAGCUCCGGGAAAAUCUGGAUGAGAAUGAAGCUGCAAUCUGCCAGGUGUAUGAGGAGAAGCAGCGUCGCUGUGAAAGAGAGAUGGAGGAGCUGAGACAGAGCUGUGCAACAAAGAUGAAGCAGGCUUCUCAGAAGGCCCAGAGGGCACAGCAGGUGCUACAGUUACAGGUAUUCCAACUACAGCAAGAGAAAAAGAAGCUGCAGGAGGACUUCUCCUCUCUGUUACAGGACAGAGAGACAUUGGAAAGGAGGUGUGCCACCAUCCAGAGGGAGCAGACCCAGCUGGGACCACGUCUGGAAGAGACAAAGUGGGAGGUGUGUCAGAAGUCAGGAGAGAUCUCCCUCCUGAAGCAGCAGCUGAAGGAGAUCCAGUCGGAGCUCAGCCAGAAGGCUGGGGACAUCGUGGUGCUGAAGGCCCAGCUGAGAGAAGCCCGUUCUGAACUGCAAGCCAGCCAGGCUCGAUCCCAGGAAGCCGGGGUGGCCCUGCGGACGCGAUCUCUAGAACUAGAGGUCUGCGAGAACGAACUCCAGAGGCGCAAGAGCGAAGCUGAGCUGCUCCGGGAGAAAGUGGGCCGCUUGGAAGAGGAGUCAUCCCGCCUCCGGGACACUCUGUCCAAUCACAACGGACACUCUUUACCUGGGAAUCUAACCAUGAAGGGGCAAUGCAUGAGCCUCUCCAUCCAACAGGGUAGAGGUGUGGUGGGGAGGGGCGGUCCCAGUCCGUCUUUGUACCGGGAUGCAGAGGAGACUCAUCUGGUCUGGGGAGGAGAGAGUGAUGAAGCCAAGGCUCAGAGGCAGAAUGCAGAAGCAGUGUUGGGACUCAGACAACAGGUGGACAGGCUGAAGGCUGAACUCAUGUACGAGAGGCGGACUAGUGAGGAGCAACUGUCACGGUUUGAGGAUGAGAGGAGAGUGUGGCAGGAGGAGAAGGAAAAGGUAAUCCGCUACCAAAAGCAGCUGCAGCAGAACUACAUCCAGAUGUACCGUCGAAACCGGGACCUUGAACGAGUGAUGAGGGAGCUGAGUCUGGAGCUGGAGAACAGGGACAUGGAGGACUAUGAGGUUCACAGUGGCAGCAACGACAUCCACUUUGAGGAAAUCACCGCCACCGAGAUCUAAACACACACACAUACACACACUUCCAAUAAUAUGUGCACAGAAACAUGGAAACACAACUCCCAAAAGACUCUGAGGAUGUAAACCAAACAUUGAACUCCGGGCCAAAUACUGCACUAUCCUCAACAUGGCUUUACCUGGACCACUGAGCGAGCACUCAACCACUCGUCACUGUCAAAAAAAGGGAGAUCUCCCAAAGGUGCAUCCUAACUUCCUGCUAACAGACAAGUACUAAAAGUGUUUCCUCCGGCACUUUUAAUGGGUUUUAUUCCACUACAAAGCCAGCACAAAGACUUCUUUCCUUCUGUGGGAGCAAAAGCAGCGAAGAAAGUGUUUUUAUCUCAAACCACGUUCAAAUCAGGGUAUCGAAAAUCGUCGGGAACUUCAAGCAAAAAAUGUUGCGACAGGCACAGCGGUCUGGUCAAAGUGCAGUCACACCUUUCUCGGUAGCACACAAGGUUAAACCCCCGGCCACCAGCAUGCAUGUAGUGAUGCAUCAUGACAGCAGUCCCAUUAAUGAUGAUCUCAUCACCCGUCCAAACAACAGCUGCACCAGUCCUCCAAGUAACUGCUGAAGGGAAAAAAUCACCAAAUAUUACAACAUCUGCUAUUUGUAUUUUAUGGUGUUCAGAGGAUCAGCAGUUCGUUGCAUUUCACAAAUGAUAAAAGGAUAAGAAUAUUUUUAUUUCUGUGCUCCUCAGCAGAUUUGAAAAAGAAUGUAAAGUGACUGUUAUCACUCCAGACAAAUGCAGUAUAAAAGGUCAUCACCGGCAAUGAAAGAAUCUGCUCACCAAGGGAAAUAUGGUUUCAUGUUGCACCACUGCGCUCUUUUGUUCAGGAUACAACCGUCAUUCUUGUGAAGCUUUUCAUGAAACUUCAACAGACCAAUUUGGACAUCCUCAUGUGGACAUCCUUGUCUGAGGACACCAAAACCACACGUUUAAAGGACGCUGCUCACACUCAUGUUGCUGCAUUUGACCUAUGUGUCAACUCAUUCAGACAACGCAGCAAGCUCUGACAUAAACAUUUACAUUUCACAGUUAUGUAGCAGUAGGAAGCAGACUGUAGCACAGGAGGUAUCACCAGGAUGCUGCUGAUUCUCCUCUCCCUCUUUCUAUUUCUGCCUUUGUCUCCAUGUCUGCUCUCUCUCUCUCUCUCUUUCCAUCUCUGCUUCUUACUCAACUAUUUUUAUAACAGGCGGCAGUCGGUAUCAGGAAACUAAAAAUGGAGCAUAUUCUUUCAGUUUGGUCGUGACGUCACUGAGAGAUUUAAGGCAUGCUUAUUCAGACUUUCCGUUUAUUCUCCCUCAUUCCCAUUAGUGCUCUUUAUUUAGCUUUUGGCAGCCCAUAGCCAAGUAACACUUUUAAAGUCUUCCCAGUCUCCCCUAGACUAUAAUCUUCACUGACUGCUAUACAGGUAGCAAGACUGGCAUGUCUGCAUGUCUUUGUUAUAUCAGAUUUCAGAAGAAGCUGGUGAAGGUAGCGGUGAGAUGAGAAUUUGCAGAUGCAGUAGCUCCAAUGCUGAAUGUCCUCAAGGCGGGUCGGCUGUCAGAGCCCAGAAUAUUAAGCGGGGAGGAGCAUGUUAACAUUUGAAGCUGUUUUCUCACAGUAUAUGCAGGGCUGUGUGUAACACUGAGCAUGGCGGGUUUCACAGGAGAAAAGUAAUGGACUGAGAACUUUUAUUUUACAAAGAGUCUAUAUCAAGGAAUAAUAGUUAAAUGGAAAUCUAUAUAAUGGAGGAGAUGUUGUAUAUUUUUUUAUAUAUAGCACCUGAAGAUAUUUUGUUGUAGUACUGAUAUAAGUGUGGGUUUAAUAUACAAAGUAUAAAGACAUCUAUAUAUAUAAAUAUCACAUACCAGUAUUUCAAAUGAUGGAUCAGUUAUAAAUGGAGGCGGCAGCAUAGAAAGAGUGCACCUAAUACUGUAAUGCAUGAAAAUAUGUUUACAUUAUAUAAUCUGUGUGACACAAACAUACACUCUAAUGACCAAACUUUGCAGCUGAUAAACACAGUCGGGAGCUUUUAUUUUAGGCUCUGUUUUGACCUGUUGUCUCUCCAUCUUGAUUGAUCUUUCAUUUGAUCAUCAGUAUCAUAAUAUCACACCGAUUCAUGUCUUCGUCGUCAGGUUUCGUGCACGUUGUUAGUUUUUAAAAGCAUGAGAGGGGCCAUUUUUCAGUGACUUCUUCGUUUAGUUGAGGUCAGAGCUGAAGCAAACCGAGAAAGUGUUACGUUUCCUAUACUUGGAAAUUCAAUCGAACCCCUUUCAGAGAAUUUGAUCAGUGUAUUUGAUUGGUCUAUAUUUUGCAUGACAUUACCACAUUCACUGUGGUUUGAGAGAUUUUGUAGAAUAUUAAAGGUCUGCUAACUUGUGAACAAAAAGCCAUGGGAAGUGACUGAAUGGAUCAUGUUGGGUUCGUCCAACCAUAUUUAAUUUGUCAACCAGACGUAGACUGUUAACUCACUCACCACAGGUGCAGCACAGGUACAGAUUAACAGAUUAACAUUAACAACAACCACAGGUGAUGCAAACAAAACUGAAAAGGACUGUGCGCAUCCUGGACUUCUGUUUUUUUCCCCCCACACAUCUCAGUUCUCCUCAGUGUUGCAUAACCGUUUUCUGUGUAAAUAUGUAAAACACUAUAUAGUAUAACAGAGUGACAUUGUCUUUUAUUUAGACAAAAUAUCUAUUUCAAAUGUAGCCACUGUGACUAGACCAAAGCAACGUAACACAUUUUCUUUUUUGUGGCAUUCUUCUCAUCCUUUUGUGUGCAUUUUUUUAUGUUUACUUAAGUUGUGUCAUCAGUAAUUCAUAAAGUAUGUAGUUGUCCAUGUAUAUUUUUAUGUGUACAUUUCUUGUACAAAUGACUGUGUUUUUAAUUAAAGAACAAGUUGUCACACCUU